AUGAGCUGGCUCUGUCUCUCUGUAGCCCUUCUCGUCCUCCUGGGCACCCUGGUGGCCACCACCCCAGGGAGUGAAACCAGCAACCAGGCCAAGGACCCACUGCCUGCCUUCUGCCUGGAGCCUCCCUACAUGGAUCCCUGCAAGGCCAUGAUGAUCAGGUAUUUCUACAAUGCCAACUCUGGGCACUGUGAGGUCUUAAACUGUGGAAGCUGCCAUGGGAACAGGAACAUCUUCCUCACAGCAGAGGAAUCCAUGAAGACCAGGGGUGGACAUGCGGGGACCCGGGGAUAA